AAAUUCAAUCAAACAAGGAAGAAAUAAAUUUAAAUGAAACUGCAGAUGAUGACGUCACCCUCUCCUCUCAUAAUAAUACCAAAUCUACUAUUGAAAAAGAAAUAACCAAUGAUGUUACCAUAGUCUCAAGUUCAUCAGAAUCUCAAUGUGAAGUUAAGCAAACUGAUGAUUCAAUUGGGGAUCAAGUAAUUGAUAAUGUUCCUAAAGCGUUUGUUGUUGAUACCUCUGAUAAAAUUGAAAAAAUGUUCGUAACUGAUAAUGAUCCAGCUCAUAAAAUCGUUGCUAAUGAGGCAGUGACUGAAAACAUUACUCAUGAUAACCAAGAUACUGAAAUCGAUCAAAAAUUAGAAAGUGAAAUCUCUAUUAAAAAUGAAUCGUUUCCUAAUCUAGUUCACGACGAUUCAAAUAUUUUCAAAACUAAAAAAGUCCACGAAUCUCAAACUCAUGAAGAUUCUUUGACAACAGAGUUAUCCAAAAUUCAUGAACAUAGCAUUCCCACCCCUGACCUAAUAGAUGAUCCUACUACAACUUCUGACAGUCUGGUGAAUAACACAAACGGUGAAGAACCUACGACUUCUGACAGUUUGGUGAAUAAUACAAACGGUGAAGAACCUACGACUUUUGACAAUCUGGUGAAUAACACAACCGGUGAAAAGCCUACAACUUCUGACAGUCUGGUGAAUAACACAAACGGUGAAGAGCCAUACGAGAAAAAGAUCGGAAAUUCGUAUGAAACCAUUUUCAAAGAAACUAACGACGAAACAACUGCAAUGCACAAAAUUUCUCUAAUUGAUUCUUCCCA